GGGUAGGUAACACAAUCUGCGAUACGAAAAAAGGCGACCGAAACUCGCAACUGAGGCAGGAAUGUACGGAUCCUUUGGACGAACCGCCCUUCUCGAGUCUGCCGCAUCGUUCUCUCAACCGUUCUCCGCCGCCGCCGCCAUUUUUCCGUUCCCCGCCGUUGCUCCGGUGACAUGAACGGCCGGGUCUUCGCCGUCAACCGGUCGCCCGUUCUCGCCUGGAAUGUCGAACCUCCGCUUCAAGUGCCGUACCCCGACAUGCCCGCCGCAGCAGCAGCCGCCAUUUCGCCCGUCGUUCCCGCCGCCUCCGACCCCUAUGGACGAUGCUGGCAAAAUCAAGUCGAUACUAGUACAAGCUAUCCAUAUUUUGGAUUGUACAACAACUCUUUACCUCCAACUCCUUAUCGCCUACAGCCAGGAUGCAUGGCAAAUCUUGGUCAAUUCUGGCCUCCUACCCCACCUCCUGAUGGUUGUGGUAGGUAUGAUGGGAGCAACCUAUACUUUGGAGCACCUGUGUUGCGUCAUGGAGAAAAUAUUCCACCAAAUAUCCGCAACUCAUUUCAAAGUCUAGGACAUUAUUCCCAUCUAGUUGAAACACCAAAAGAGACCAGCCAACGUGUAUUCAAACGAGAAACACCCCUUUCUCCUACAGUGAAUUCUAAUAUAUCCAUGAGCUCGCCUGUUACCAAGUCUGAUAAUUUAAGUACUUAUUGUGUUGUUGACAGCAAGCUGAAAACUCAAGUUUCUCAUUCAAGCAAUUUAUCCAAGCAAGAAAAUCAGCCUGUGUCUUCAGGACAUGAUUCAUAUGCAUUUGCUGCUGAUGCCAGAAAUAGCUCAAAUUUUCAUCCAUCCACUGAAAAAUCAUGUUUUUCGCCUUCAUAUACUUUGAGGAAUAUACCUUUUCAUAAUUCAUCUCAGGAUAACAGUGCAUCAAAAGCAAACUCAAUCUCUGGGACCCAAGAAAACAACAGCAAUGCCUCACCAUUGAAGAAUGUCUAUUUUUCUCAUUUUGAAAGCGAAAAUGUGAAUUCUAUGCUCAGCAAGAACUUCAGCAAAGCCAGUGAUGGACAAUAUCGUUUCGAGCACAAGAACAACUCAUUGGAUGUAAAUAAGUCAAAACUGCAACACCAAUCUUUAAAUGGUUUCAUUCUUCAUAAUACUUAUCCACCUAAAAAGCAUAAUUACCAAGGAUCUCCAGAAAUGUGCAGCGCUACUCCAAACAGCAUGUUAAAGGCCGACAGGCAAAGUGAUAGGAUGAUGAUUGUUUCGGAAAAAUUGAAGCACAGGAACAGCAUUUGUUCCGUAAAGCCCGAAAAGGGCAGCAGUCAUUCGGAUUGCAAAUACCAGAAAUCCAUAUCGAAAGUGCCCCAAGUUCGGGAGUUCAAGAGCACUGAAGAUUCAUUCAACAUCCCUACCUCAGUCAUACAACCGAAAAUUGAGCCAAAUGAUAAAUAUUUUUUAACCUGUUCUUCUACUGCACCAAGUUGCAUGGCUAACUCUUAUUCAAAUUCAGGUUCAUAUCUUAUGUCUAAAGACUUUGCGGCUGAUCUCAGGACUAGUUCUGGAUAUCGUACUGCAUAUGCAAACUCAUGCUCUCUUAGCAAACCUUGGUCAUGUGCUGAAUUGUCCCUUGUAAGCCCAGAUAGUUACUUCAAAAUGCCAGAAGCAGCAAAACCUCCAGUUCAAGGUACUCCUCAAACACAUUCACCUCUUCAUGAUAGUGUGAUAUCUGUUGCUCAAACUGCUCCUCAAACUAUAGAAUCCUUUAGAGACAGUACAUUGCAUCCGAAAAGUCAUUCUUCCAGCCUUCUAAAGAGAAAUCCAUAUGUACCGGAUGUUGAUGAUGAAGUCCAAAUAAUUGGAAUGCAGACUAAACAAUCUUCCUGUAUUUCUUUUGGUGGUGGAGUUGUGACUGAAAAAGAAUAUGAAAAAAUAGAAGCUGUUGAAUCUACCUCUUCAUCUAAUCAAAUCAUUUAUGAAGCUAAAACUGCAAAAGAAGAGAAGUGCUCAAACGAAAUAAACCAUCCAACUGAAAUUAAAGUAGAAGAUGAUACUUCGAAUACAGAUCGAGCAAUUGGUGUUGAUUUGAGUAAGCCUUUUGCUGAUAAUAUUGAAUGCAGUGCUCUCCCAAUCAAAAAAGAAAUUUCUGAAGACCUUGGACUUUCUAUUAAUGACUCAAUUCCACCACCAGUUUCAGUUGAUGAAAAACAAGUAGAAAAAAGUUUAGAAGAAAGUAAUUUGGAUGAAACAUCUAACGAGAAUUGUAUUGUUAAAAAUGAUUGUAAGACUUCAACUAAAGAAACUUCCCUUGCUUAUAAUGAAGAUCAUCACGGUUUAAAUUUAUUAUUGAAUACAAUUGAAAAAGUUUCUUACUUGGAAUCAUCAAAUGCUAAUACUCAGCAGCUUACUGUUGUUAAAACUGAAGCAGCGGAUGAAGCGGAAAGCUAUGAUAAAUGUUUUCAAGUCUUUCCAGCAACUCGAGGUCUAGAUUUAUUGUCUGUCAUUGCUGGCCAGCGAUUGGUUGCGGAAUUUGAAGACGCUAAACAAGAGUUGCAAGAAAAUACUACCGUUAAAUCUAAUUAUCCUGAAAUCAAAAAAGAAAAGUUUUCUGACGAGGAUUCACAUAAACUGAAUGACAUUCAAGUGAAUGCUACAAAAUCUUCUGUUUGUGAGAUGCAAGACAGACUUGUAGAACUGCAAAAGAAAUACAAACAGAAGCAGAAGGAACUUUCACGCUUAAAGCCAAAGAAAAGACUGGCUAAUACAUACUUGAAAAGUCAUCUCAACUUAACUAAGGAUGAAAGUGAUCAGUUUUGUUCCUCUAAUAAUGAAUCUGCUUCAGAUAUCCAUAGCUCAACCAAUUCAGAAGUACAGAGUCAAGAUUCAAAUGUAGAUAAAGAGCUGAAUGAAGUGAAUUGUAGAGUAUCAAUAAAGAUUGAACCAAAGUCUGAUGUUGAGUCAAAUAAAAUGCACAGGCGAAAACUACCUUUAAGAAAAGCCAUAGCUGGAGAAGCAAAAUCUGAAAUAACUGCAAAAAGAAAUACAAGGCAAGCUCAUUCAGUGAAGCGCCUCAAAUGUCAGCGUGUUAGUGGCAGUCCUAGAUCUACUAGAUCUCUGAGGAAGAUAACAAGGAGCUCCAAAAGCAAGAUUUACAAGUUGAGGAAUGUGAAAGAGUCGAAUCCAACAGUUGAACAGGGUGACGUUGUUGAAAUUUGUUCUAAAGCUGAGAAUUUAGAGCUCAAAGCAGCCUCUUCCGACUGUGAUAAGUCUACCAAAGUGUAUGCUUUGCGCCAUUCUUCAUGUUCUAGUAAAAAAGGGAAAUGUUCAUCUGAUUUAAAGACUGAUGCAGAUUCAAGUAUAAAGUCACUACCAAGCAAAAGGAAAUCGGAGAAUCCAAAAAAAUUUAUGCCAUCCAAGCAAAGUAAAUUAAGUGAAACAAUUAUUGCAAAGCAUUUGAGGAACAGAAUUUUGUUUGAUACAUCCGGCUCAAUGUCUGAUGAUGACACAGUAAAGGAUGGUGGUGUACCGGAAGAUUUGUAUGAUGCUCUAAUAAAAUGUCAUUUGGGAGAUGAGAGCAAAAAAAGGGAAAUUGUUUCCAAAACACUGGACAAAUGUGAUAUUCUUGAAAGUGAUGAUUUGGGAUACCCAGAACCAAGUUUAUUGAAAGUAAACCAUUUGGUGGAGAAACAUCGUCUACUAGCUCUCGAAGAUGGACUCUUUUAUGCUGGAUGCAUAAAAGAAAUUCAAGUGUCUGAUAGGUAUGGUAUUGCUUUGGAUGGUCAAAGAGGAAAUAAACUUCAUGUCUUCACUCAAGAGGAAUUGCUUACUCAAGCAAUUGUAGAAUCAAAACCUCUGUCGUCAGAACUUCCAGAAGGUACUAGAGUUUGUGCUUAUUGGAGCCAGCAAUAUAGAUGUUUAUAUCCUGGUGUCGUUGGGAAAGCUCCUUCUCCUAGUGCUGAUUGGUCAGAGCCAAGGGUUUUUGUACUUUUUGAUGAUGGAGAUUCUGGUCAAAUUCCUACCAAGAACAUCAGACUGUUACCUUCAGAUAUACUUCCAGCAUUGGCUGAGCAAGUUACUACUGCAAAAAAUACAGAUGUGAAGCUGAAGCGGGGUAAAUCUCGCACUUUACGUUGCUCAACUUCAAAAUGCUCUAGUACAGACCAUUGUGAUACCGGUAAUGAGAAUGAGUCCAAAGAAUCAAGCUGCGCAAGUAUUAAUGAAUCUUCAUGUGAUGAUAGCUGUUCCGUUGAUUAUUCUUUAUCACCUAGUCAGAAUACAGAGAACAACAAUUUAGAAAAUUGCACUUGUUCAGCUGUGAAUUGCAUGGAGUUUUCAAAAUCAAAGAAAAGGCAGAGGAAGCGUUCAAAACGUAAAGCUAGUUACCAUAUCAAAUUUAAAGAAGAUAACACAGAAAUAAAGGACAAAUGUGAAGCCAAACUCAAACGUCACAAAAAAUACAAAGAUAAGCAUCACAAGCAUCAUCAUCGUCACCACCAUCAUCGUCAUAAUCACCAUCAUCAUCACCACCAUCAUUCCAAAAAACGGAAGCACAGGAGGAGAAACGGAAAGAACCUCACAUCUCAGGACAGUGAAAACUUUGCUGACCAUAAAUCUCGACAGACAUUUCAAUCUCAAGUAGAAGCAUAUGUUGAUCAUGUAGAUCAUUCCAACUCUCUAAGUCUACCUCAAAAUGAUCAUGAUAGGGCAUGAUAGAGAGAAGUUCUUUUUUAUUUCUUCCAGUGUUAAGGUCAAAUGCAAAGAAAAACUUUAUGAAGGACUUGUUGCAAAGACUGAAAUGGCAGUUAGUGUUCAUGUGCUUAUUUGUACAUGUUGCAGAUCUGUUUUAGCAAUUAAAACAAGACUUCCAUCACACAUGGGUGUUAAAAUAGAACUCUAUCUUUUGUGUUGAGUCUCCUUAAAAUUUUCUGUCAAUUUUAGGUUUCUUGAAAAUUGUAAAUUAUGUCAGGCAAGCAAAUGCUUACAAGCUUGUACUGAAAUAUUAAAAAUCAAAAUUGUAAAAUAUUUCUAAAAAUUAAAAUCAUUUUAAUUGCUUACAUAAAGGUAUGCAGACAGAUACAAUUAAUUGAAGCAAAUUUAUAAAGAAUGAGUUUAAAUUUAAAGAAUAGUCUUUUAAAUCACAGAGAAAUUAAUUAAUUUAAUAUAAACCAUGAAAAGAUGAAUGUUUUAUAAAUUUGCUUUAAUAUCUUUUUGCUUACUACUAAUUGCACCAGCUACAAGAAAUGUAACUAAAACAUUUCAAAGAAUGCAUCAUAAUAGUUUAAAUUUUUUAUUUAUUUAUUUAUUUUUUUUUUUGAACGCUAUUUACCAGCUCUUAAAAUCUACUUUAAUUUUCGGAAAGUCUUGGUUUGUAAUUUUUAUGUAAGUCAAUUUCAUUACAGCUGAAAUUUGAUCAAAUAGUUUUCAUUCUCUACUUAUGAACAAUGUUUUUUGAUAUAUGCACUCACAUUAAAUGUUUGAAAUUGCCAGUAUAUUAAGAAAAAAUCUGAUAAUUACAAAAAAAAAUUUAAAAUCUUGCAUAUGGUGGUUAAAAAGUGUGUAAUUUUGUACACGAAAGUAUGUUGUUGAUCUUUACGCAUAUUUACACUAUUUGAAAACAUUUUUAUUAUAUGGUUACACGAGAGAGGAUAUAUAAAGUAUUCUCAUUCCUAUAUUGACCGGUGAAUUAUCUAAAUUUAUAUCAAAAAAUUGAUUUUGUUAUAUGAGUAGUUGUAUGCUUGAAUAAUUUAGUUUGCUCAUAGUUGCAUUUUAUAAAAAUUUUAGUUUUCAAAAUAUUUAAAUAUCAGCUUUAAUUCCUUAAUGUUUCUUAUUUUGUGAAACUUGUUAUGUUUAGUAUAGUAGCACUAAUUAAGUUUGCACUUAACUUAAAAUUGCUUUUGCAUAGUUAUUGACAAUGAGUUGUUGCUUUUCUUAAUGUGAAAAACUUUCAUUCUUUGAUAAAUGUUAAAACUUAAUACCAGCCUAAAAAUUAAAUUUUCAAGCUCUCGGUUUGCCUCAUGCUUAGACUGUUCCUUAAUUUCAUAAAAUAAAAUUUUAACUUUUUUAAUUUUACCAAAGUUUUUCCAUUUUUGUUCAUGUUAGUAAAUUGUUCUAGUAAAUUCGGCCGUGAGGGGUGGAGGGCAAAAGGAAUAUACUCAAUGCGAGUUAUACCGAAAAACAGCAAAAAAAAAAAAAAAGCCCA